CGUUCGGUUUAUGUUCGAUCAGAGUCAGAGUCAGAGUCAGGGCACCGUUCAGAUCGAUUAGAAUCAGCUCGCGCUGCGGUGGAAUGAGAAGGACUCUGCUCGGUCACGGACGCUAGCGGUGACACACCGGGGUUUGUUUGGGGAUUUCUCAGCGGCAUCUGAAGCGGAAUCAUGACGGCCACCAAAGAGCAGCAAAGCCAGAGACCGAAUCCGCAGGACGAGGACCUGGCGGGCAUGAGUGCUCCUCAGAGGAACUGGAAGGGGAUCGCCAUCGCUCUGCUGGUCAUUCUGGCGGUCUGUUCUCUCAUCACCUUGUCUGUGAUCCUCCUCACUCCAGUGGAUACGCAGCCCAGCAGUGACACCAAGCUGACGGUGGAGGAUCUCUUCAGCGCAGAUUUCUACAUACACGACCCUGAAGCUCGCUGGAUCAACGAUUCUGAGGUCAUCUAUAGAAAUCACCACGGUCAUGUGAUCAGGUUUAAUAUCCUCACGAACGAGACCGAGAUUGUGCUGAAGAACACCACAUUCGAUACUUUCAAAGCCACCAGAUACUCUAUAAGCCCAGACAUGAAGUAUGUGCUUUUUGCCUACAAUGUAAAACAGGUUUACCGGCACUCUUUCACGGCAUCCUACAUCUUAUACAGCAUUCACACCAGUAGGGAGGUUCUGCAGCUGGAUCCUCCAGAGGUUUUGAACUCUAAACUGCAGCACGCAGCAUGGGGUGUUCAGGGCCAGCAGCUGGUGUACAUAUUUGAGAAUAAUAUUUACUAUCAGUCGGACGUCAGGAGUAACUCGCUGCGACUGACCUCAUCUGGGAAAGAGAACGUCAUCUAUAACGGCAUCGCUGAUUGGCUCUAUGAAGAGGAGGUCCUGCACACGCAUGUGGCGCACUGGUGGUCACCUGACGGCGAGCGCUUGGCAUUUCUGGUCCUGAAUGACAGUCUGGUGCCAAACAUGCCAUUGCCCACUUUCACCGGCUCCACAUACCCUAAAGGCAAACAGUACCCGUAUCCGAAGGCUGGGCAGCCCAAUCCCAUGGUGAAAGUGUUUGUAGUCAAUCUGUACGGACCGACGCACACUCUUGAACUCACACCACCAGAUGAGUUCAAGCUCAGGGAGCACUAUGUGGUGAUGGUGAAGUGGAUCAGUAAGACCAAGACAGCAGUGCGCUGGUUAAACCGACCGCAGAACAUCUCUAUUCUGACAGUCUGUGACUCCACCACUGGAGCCUGCAUCAAGAGGCAUGAGGAAACAUCAGACGUUUGGCUCUCCAGACAGAAUCAGGAGCCGUUCUUCUCUCGAGACGGCAGCCGUUUCUUCCUGACGGUGCCGGUGAAGCAGGGAGGACGAGGAGACUUCCAGCAUGUGGCCAUGUUCACCUCUCAGGCGCGUGCAGAUCAGAACGAGCUGCGGCACCUCACAUCAGGAAACUGGGAGGUGACGCAGAUCCUGGCUUACGAUGAAAACAGCCAGAGCAUAUUUUUCCUGAGCACCGAGGGCUCCUCCAGCCGCCGGCAGCUCUUCAGUGUGUCCACAGUGGGCCUGUUUCCACGCCAGUGUUUGACAUGUGAGCUCAAUAAAGCUCACUGCACGUUUUUCAGUGCUGACUUCAGCCCCGCUAAUCAACACGUCCUGCUGCACUGCAAAGGUCCAGGAGCGCCGACAGUUUUCAUACACACUCUGAACACGGCCAAUUAUUAUGUCCUGGAGAAUAACUUUGUGCUGAGAGCUGCUCUCAGAUAUAAACGCAUCCAGUUGCUGGAGUACAGAAGCGUCCAGACUGACCACUUCGAAUUGCCGCUGAAGAUCUCCUAUCCACCUGAUUUCUCUGAGUCCCGCACUUACGCCCUUCUGCUGAUGAUUGACACUGCCCCCGGUGGUCAGCAGGUGAAUGACCGUUACUCACUGGACUGGGACUCGGUGCUGGUCAGUUCAGACAAUGUCAUCGUAGCUCGUCUGGACGGCAGGGGAAGUGGCUUCCAGGGUCAGAAGGUGUUACAGGAAGUGCACAGACGCCUGGGAUCCGUGGAGCUGCAGGAUCAGCUGCUCGCCGUCGAGUACCUGCUGAAAUUGCCGUACAUCGAUCGAACCCGGAUUGGUGUGUUUGGCAGGGGUUAUGGAGGCUAUGUCGCACUCCUGCUGAUUAAAUCCACGGAGAACCUGUUUAAAUGCGCAGCAGCCGUGUCACCUGUAACGGACUGGAGUCUGUAUGCCUCGGCCUUCUCUGAACGCUAUCUGGGUUUCCCUCUUCAGGACGACAGCAGAUAUCAGUUCUCUAGUGUGCUGCAGAAUCCACAGGGUUUCAGAGAGCAGACACUCAUGCUGCUGCACGCCACUGCAGACGCUAAUGUUCACUUCCAGCACACGGCCGAGCUCAUCAAGAACCUGGUGAAGGUGGGAGCGAAUUACACACUGCAGAUUUAUCCAGACGAAGGUCAUUUCUUAUCCAAGAGCAGCCAGCGGCAUGCAGCUUCAACACUGAGCAGCUACUUCAGAUCCUGCCUGCAGGAGGAUAUGCUUCCCAUCAGUGAGGAGGAGGAGGAGGAAGAAGAGUAGAGUGAAGAUGAGAUGCAACACAGAAGCAUCUGCUGACACACACACAUACACACAUCAGGACAAUAAAACACACUGGACAAGCAUCCAGAGAACACUAAUAUAAACAGAGAGAGCCAGGAGUGUGUGUGUGUGUGUGUGUGUGUGUGAGUGUGUGUGUGGGUGUGACAGAGAGUUUCUGGCCUAUGGAUCAUUAUCGCUGGAAAUGGAUUUGAAUAUUUCACAUAUCAUAAGUCACAUUUUUUUGGCGGAUGCAUUGGCCGAUCACAGCACAGACUGCCCGGUGGAGCUGCUUCAGUCAGCCAUUGCAUGGUCCUUUUACUCAGCUUCACUUCUUUUGCCACUCUCUGUCCCUCUCUGUAUGUUGUCGCCUUCCAGAGGAGCUGCGUUUCUUACCGUUUCUUCAUUCACUGAGAAGAAGUCUAAUUCCAACCGUUAAAGCUGGAGGAUAUUUGUCGAGAGAGCAACGCCCCGCCAGCACACGUGCAUGAUGCUGUGUGUAAGUGCAGUGCAUUGUGGGAUGGUGCUGCUGUGUGCUGGUCAGAAGAGGGUGCACAGAUGUGUUUUUGGACAUUCAUCAGACAGAUCCACUUAGACUGUUUUGGAUCAGUUUAUUUGUAUAGCUGACUGUUUAGUUUUACUGUUGGUGGGGGGUUUGGGUUGAUUGUUAUUGUCUUCUCAUUAAAACAGUCAUGUCUAUAAAUAAACAGCUAGUCCCAAAACA